CUUAACCAUUUUAUUCGAUUCAUUUUCUUCCAUUUUUCUGAUUCAAUUUGAUGGCGAAGCUCACGAACUUCAGCCCUCUCUUCCUCCUCCUCUUCCUCUGUGCUCGAUCAAGCGCAGCUGGCAACUACAAUGUGCUCACCUUCGGGGCAAAGCCUGGCGCCGGAGACGCUGCCGGAGCUUUCCUCAAGGCCUGGUCCGCCGCCUGCAGCUCUUCCUCUGCUUCAACCAUCUACGUGCCCACGGGGAACUUCUUGGUGAGCCAGGCACGCUUCGACGGCCCGUGCCGGAGUCCCUCCAUCAAGUUCUCCAUCGACGGAACCCUCGUCGCGCCGUCGGAGUAUACCGGCUCCUCAGGUGCAUCCGGCCAUUGGAUUGCUUUCAGCAACGUCGACGGAGUUUCCAUCAGCGGCGGCCGUCUUGACGGCCGCGGCGCCCUGUUGUGGGCCUGCAAAUCGGCUGGCCGGAGCUGCCCCGCCGGCGCAUCGUCGUUGACUUUUACCAGCUCCAAGAACAUCGCCGUCGAUGGCUUGACGUCGAUCGACAGCAAGCUUUUCCACAUCGUGAUCCUUCAGUGCCAAAACGUCAGGUUGCGAAACGUCAACAUCCACGCGUCCGGGAGCAGCCCAAACACCGACGGCAUCCACGUCCAGAUGUCGACCGACGUCGACGUCGUCCGCGCCAACAUCAGGACCGGCGACGACUGCAUCUCCGUCGGCCCCGGAUCCGCCCACCUCUGGAUCGAGCGCGUCUCCUGCGGCCCCGGCCAUGGCAUAAGCAUCGGGAGUCUGGGAAGGGGGCAGGGCUUGCACGAAGAGAGCGUGAGGAACGUGACAGUUAAAACAGUUCAGUUCUCCGGCACGCAAAACGGAGUGAGGAUCAAGACUUGGGGAUCAAACAUUCCCGGCCAUGUCCGGCAAGUCGUCUUCCAGGAUGUGCUGAUGAGAAAUGUGAAAAACCCGAUCAUAAUCGACCAGAAUUACUGCCCUGAGAACAGAGGCUGCCCCGGCCACAACUCGGCUAUAAAGAUUGACCAAGUACAGUACCUGAACAUUCGAGGGACAUCGGCCACGCCGGUGGCGGUGAAGUUCGACUGCAGCCGGAGAAACCCAUGCAGUGGAAUCAGAUUACAGGGCAUAAAGCUGAGCUAUCAAAGUAGACAGGCACAGUCCUCCUGCAAGUUCGCAAAUGGGGUGGCUUCUGGAUUGAUUGCACCACCAAGCUGCCUGUGACAGAGAUAAAUUGUCAGGGAAGAAAAUUUGUAGGUUGUCUGUGCGUUGGCAGGAUCAGGCCGGCAACCUCUUGAAGUAUAAAUAUAUUUAUUUAGUUUCUAAUUCACUUUGUUUUACUCCGAUUAUGCACGUUCAGCUCAUUGUGUUGUUUCUUUUAUGGUGUCCUGUAAAAUGCUCUCAGUCGGAACUGGUUUAUAGUGUCCUGUAUAAAACUUGGAUUAGAAUCUUAUUAUAGCAGUGUUUACAGAACCA